ACAGCAAUAAGAAACAAAAUGGUGCGUUGCAGGGUUGGUCAAAGAGAAAUUGGGAGGGGACAUUUAGCGAACAAAGUGCGUGAUCUUUUAAUGAAAUCGGGGGGAGGUGAACCGAAUUGUUUCAAAUGUCUGCUCCCGUAAAUAGGAAGCGAAGUUUGUCUCGGUUUCUGGUUUUAUGAUCUACACAAUUACCAACAAAUAUUUUCUGUUAAAAACGUACGAGCUGUCAAUCCUACAACAUUGCGAAUAGUGCGUCAUCGAUAAUCAGAAACAUUUACUACAGUAACGUAACAGCCAGUCAUGGCCCAGUGGGAGAAGCUGAGGCAGCUGGAGUCUGUGUACCUGACACAGGUGGAUGAGCUCUAUGAUGGGGAUGCCUUCCCCAUGGAUGUACGCCACUACCUGGCACACUGGAUAGAGGGUCAAGACUGGGAUCGUGCAGCGCGGGACCAUGAUGUUGCCAUGGUGCUGUUCCAAGUGUUAUUAGAGAACCUGGAUAUCCAGCACAGCCGCUUCGUCCAGGGGGGAGAGUCCUUCCUGCUGCAGCACAACAUACGCCGUUUCAAACACAGCUUCCAGAGGUACCAAGAGGAGCCUUACAAUCUGGCCAACAUCAUCCAGUGGUUUCUGGCGAAAGAGAAGGAGAUCCUGCAGAACGCUGAGCUGGCUGAGCAGGUCCAGCUGCUGCAGGUCCAGCAGAACCCCAUGGAGACAGACAGCCAGCGGAACAUUGAGCGUAAGAUGGCAGACCUUAAGAAUAAAGUUCAGUGCAUGGAACACACAGUGAAAUGUCUGGAGGAACAACAAGAUGAGUUUGAUUUUAAAUACCAGACUCAUAACAUGGAAGGCACCACCAACGAGGCGGAGAAGACGGAACAGAUGAAGGUGCUGCAGGCUCUACUCAACAGACUGGACGCCUCCAGGAAGAGCAUGUUGUCCGGUAUGGGUAUGCUGCUGGACGGUGCGGAGGAGCUGCUGUGUGUGCUUGUGAGGGAAGAGCUAGUGCAGUGGCAAAGGAGGCAGCAGAAGGCCUGCAUUGGAGCCCCAGACAGCACCUGCCUGGACCAGUUGGAGAAGUGGUUUACAACGGAGGCGGAGUGUCUGUUCCAGGUGCGUAAGUUCCUUAAGAAGCUGGAGGAGCUGAUGGGGAAGGUGACCUAUGAGCACGACCCUGUGAAGAAGCAGAAACCAGCGCUGCAGAAGAGGGUGGACAGCCUCCUCACCAGCCUGCUCAAAAGCGCCUUUGUGGUGGAGACUCAGCCCUCUAUGCCCCAAGGGAAAGGCCCCUUGGUCCUGCGUACCAAUGUCCAGUUCUCAGUCAAGACCAGAUUCCUCGUCAAAUUUCCUGAGCUGAACCAUGCCAUGAAAGUGAACGUGUCUAUGGACAGGGAGGCUCCUUUGGUCAAAGGGUACCGUCGGUUCAAUGUCCUGGGGACCAACAGUAAGGCCCUGAACAUGGCUGAGAGUAUGAGUGGAGGCAUGGUGGCAGACUUCAGACAUCUGACACUGAAGGAGCAGAAAUCUGGAGGAGGGGGCAAGGGGAUCCAUGACCUCUCUCUCAGCGUCACAGAGGAGCUGCACAUCAUCAACUUUAACACGGAGUUUCUUCUGCACGACAUGUCAGUCUCCUUAGAGACGUCCUCUCUCCCUGUGGUCAUCAUCUCCAACUCCAGCCAGCAGCAGAGUGCCUGGGCUUCCAUCCUCUGGUUCAACAUGCUUUGCCUCGAGCCAAAGAACCUUCUGUUCUUUGCCAACUGUCCCGCGGCUACGUGGCCCCAACUAGGGGAGAUGUUGAGCUGGCAGUUCCUCUCCUCCACCACGCGGGGUCUGGAAUCUAACCAGCUGGACAUGAUCGCACAUAAACUCUUUGGAAAGCAGCAAAGUUACGACGCCUGCAAAAUCUCAUGGACUAAGUUCAGCAAGGAAAAUGUUCCUAACACCAACUUCACUUUUUGGGUGUGGUUCGAUGGUAUCCUUUUUAUGGUGAAGAGUCACUUAGAGAACCUGUGGAAAGAUGGUUCUAUCAUGGGUUUUGUGAGUAAAGGCAAAGAGAAGACCCUCCUGAAGAAGAAACAGAGGGGUACAUUCCUCCUGCGCUUCAGUGAGAGCAUCAGAGAUGGAGGCAUCACCUUCUCCUGGGUGGACUACUCCCUCACCGGUGAGCCUGAUGUGCGCUCGGUGCAGCCCUUCACCAAGGUGGACCUUGGCCAGAUCCCUUUCCAUGAGAUCAUCAGAAACUUCCAGAUCCUGGAGGAUGAGAACGUCCCGGAAAACCCGCUCCUCUUCCUCUACCCUGACACGCCCAAGGUGGAGGCCUUCGGGAAGUACUACACAGAGAAGAGUGGAGCGGAUAGUCAAUACAUUAAGUACAUCAAAACUAAGUUGGUUUUCGUAUCUAAAGAGAACACACUGGAGGCUAAGUCGCCUAUGUAUUCUGACACUGUGGAAGGCGAAGGCUCAGGGCCAAUGAACCCAAGAUAUGGUCUGGGUGGAGAGGCCUUCGAGCCCUCCACCUUCCCUCCCUCAGGCCUAAUUGGAGACCCUCUUCCCCCAGAGCUGCCCCUAACUCCUGACCCCAUGUUCUCUGUUGCCAUGGUAAUUCCCGAUGAGGACCUGAAUCCCACCCUCCAGGAUAUCCUCAGUGACUCCAACAUGUAUGAAUGCGUUGACUUCCUGUCUGACGACACAACCUUCCUUGAGGGGACUCUACCCGGACUCCCCUUCACUGCCCCUCUGCAGCCCUGCGAAUGACCACUCUCGCAGCAUUCACAACAAUACACAAUGUCUAACCAAACUAUAUGACUUGCUACUGUGGAAGCACUUACCCAUAAUUCAAAGACAACGUUCAUCCAUAUUUAACCAAACUGAGGAUGCACAUUAGACCAUAACAUGGUUACAUAGUACACAAAUAUAGGCUACUACUCUCACCCUGCAUCUGUAACAUUAGAAAAGCUCCGUGGACCAUCUGUUGUGCCCAUCAGGUACAGCAUAUUACAAAUUUUCUAUGUGUGUGUAUAUAUAUUACAUUAAGAGAUCUAGUAAGACUUUUUGCACUGUUGUGACAUGACUGAUUUCUGAGAAGGAAAAAGUAUGUGAAUCCCAUUUUUAUAAUAUUUGCAUUGCCUUCACACCAACUAGCUUUAAAAAAAGAAGCUAAUUUAGUGUUUGAAAAGGUAAUGAAACUUUUGCACUUCUUCCUCUCUUCUGUUUGUCUUUUAAUAAUGUUUUUUUGUCCAAAUACCAUAUUUGACUCUGGAUAAAAGGUCUGGUUGAGCAAAAACAACUAAAAACAGACAUUGCAUGUCUGCUUACUAGGUAGAAAAGCCCACAAGCAUUGUAUUAUACAUUAUGAGGAAAAUACUGCUUGUGAGAAAAUGUGACUUUAUAUUAUGUGGUACAUUACUUGUGUCCGACAGGGUUAAGAAUUCUAUUACGUGUGACUGAGAGACAUUAUCAACCAGCAUCCAACCCCAGGAUGGUAUGGAGGGACACAUUUUAAGGCACUACUCCAAAGAGCUGGAGAAGAUGAGUGACUGAGUGAUAUCCAAGUCUUGGGUCCAGUCGGUUUCAUUUUAGGCCAAUUCAGACUAUACCACAUGAAUCAUCAUUUUUAUGGUUUCUGAUUGCUUUUAGUGUAGCAUUUCUGGUGACCACUUACCUGAUUUAUGAUAGAGGGAUACGUCAAUCUAUACGCUGUGGGUGUACAGUGUUGUAGGGCACAGCAUGGGCUGCAGAAUGUGAUCAUUAAUGAGUGACUUGGUAUGUACCACUAUUUACAUGUCAGGGAAUUCUCUUGGAGUGAAAUAACCACAGAAAGCCUGUUGUUAUUUUGUACAAGCCGCAGCAGGGAUAUUGCAAACUUUACUCUGUUCGUUCAGGAUUCACAAGUCCUGAAUACAGCGAGGAAAGAUUAACAUGUAUUGGGAAUGGCAUCUAUCAUUUGUAUUUCUUGUUUUACAGCAUAGUCUGCAGAUAAUGACAUAUGUGAUGAUAAAGGGGUUAAAAUAAAAUGAUAUUGAGAUGUGA